UCUAACUUUUCUCUCUCUUCACAGCUAUGAAGCUUCCUCACAAGAGCUCAUCUUAUUUUCAACUACUGAUGAUAUCUAUUUCACUAGCCAUCAAUUACUGCGCGAUUUCCGUUUCAGCUUCCAAAUCCACCGACCACGAUCUAUCGUACUUCGAGUCCGCGGCUCUGGCGAAACCCUCGUUCAAAUCGAAGAACCAAUCGUCCUCGCCCGCCGGCGAGAAGAAACCGGCGGCGGCGGCGGCGGCGGCGUUCGGCGCGGACUGCGGCACAUGGAGCGCGGCCUGCUCCGACGAAAUCAUGAGGAUCGCGAAGAAACCGGAAAACGUGAAAUGGAUCAAAUCGGUGCGGCGGAGGAUCCACGAGAAUCCGGAGCUGGCCUUCGAGGAACACGAGACCAGCCGCCUUAUUCGCCGGGAAUUGAACGAGCUGGAUAUUAGCUACCGCUUCCCGCUGGCUAAAACGGGGAUCAGAGCCGUCGUCGGAACUGGUGCACCGCCGUUCGUCGCCGUCAGAGCUGAUAUGGAUGCCUUGCCGAUUCAGGAAGCUGUUGAAUGGGAGCACAAAAGCAAGAACCCAGGCAAGAUGCACGCAUGCGGGCACGAUGCCCACGUGGCAAUGCUGCUCGGUGCGGCCCGGAUUUUGAAGGCGCGUGAGCAUCACUUGAAGGGGACGGUGAUUCUGGUGUUUCAACCAGCAGAAGAAGCUGGGAAUGGAGCAAAGAGAAUGAUGGAAGAUGGUGCUUUGGAGAAUGUCGAGGCUAUUUUCGCCAUGCACAUAUCACAUCAUCUUCCGACAGGUGUCAUCGGCUCGAGAUCCGGCCCUUUACUCGCCGGCUGCGGCUUCUUUAAGGCUGUCAUAACCACCGGAGGAAACGGCCUUCACCGGAAUAUCCACAACUCCGGCGACCCCCUACUUGCCGCCUCGGCCUCCGUCAUCAGUUUGCAGGGCAUCGUUUCCCGCGAAUCCAAUCCUCUCGACUCUCAGGUUGUAUCGGUAACUUUCUUGAAAAGUGGAGACGACAAUCUUGAUACACAACCAACAAGUGUCGAAUUCGGCGGGACCCUCAGGGCUUUCUCCAACACGAGCUUCCACCACAUACUUAGACGAAUCGAAGAGGUCAUAAUCGCCCAAGCCAAAGUCUACAGAUGCUCCGCGACAGUUGACUUUUUCAAAAGCUCGGACAGUAUGUACCCUCCAAUGGUCAAUGACGACAGAAUGUACGAGCACUUGAGGAAAACGGCCAUUGACUUGGUGGGGCCCACAAACUUCCGGGUCGUCCAACCGGUGAUGGGGGCGGAGGAUUUCUCGUUCUACUCGGAAGUGGUCCCUGCAACUUUCUUCUACAUAGGAAUCAAGAACGAGACAUUGGGCUCCGUGCACUCGGCACAUUCCCCCCAUUUCAUGAUUGACGAAAAUGCCCUUCCGGUGGGAGCGGCAACUCAUGCUGCCGUUGCGGAGAGAUAUCUACACGACCGUGAUAUCUCAAUCAACGGGAUUCUUCAUCGUCAAGAAUGACACUAUUUUGUGCAUAACUAAAUAUUAAUUUUUUGCUGCUUAGGGUAUUCAUAUAUAGGUAAAUGGGAUAAAAGGGUAAAAGUUUUAGUCCACCCUCAUGCUAAUGGAUCAAUCAAAUGUGGUAUAAGAAAAGUAAGUUAGAGAAUUUUAUCGAUUUAUUUAUUAUUGUUAUUAUUUAUUUAUGCAGUAGUUUACCUUUA